AUUAACUGUGUUCGUGUAAACAAUAACUAUGGAAGAAAGUGAACAGGAACACGUGAAAAAGUACAAAAGUUUGCCGCGGUUAAAACGGAAGGAGACGUGGCGGAAGAGCAGGCUGGACACAUGGUUCGGCCGGCCAAAGAAGGGUGGCGGCAUCGAGCGCGGUUACGACACCGUGCCGCGCGCCGAGCCGAGCCGGGCUGAAGAUGACGAGCACAACGCCGCCAACGAGUAUACCAGCAAGAUCGACGCGCUGGAUGACACACAGUUGCAGAGGAGAUUCGAGGAGAUGCUGUCGGACAUGAAUCUCAGUGAAGAAAAAAAGGCGCCGCUCAGAAAAUACUCGCGAGACCAGAAGAAGAAGAUGCUCGUCGCUUACAAAUUCGUCAACGCACAGGAAGGCCGAUCAAAAUUCGAAAAGCCCUCAGACUACGUAGCCUACCUAAACCAGCCUGAACUCUCAGUAGGCAAACUGCACAGUUGUCUAGAAAACCUAAGGAUAGCCCUAACUAAUAACCCAUUGUCUUGGAUAGAAGAAUUUGGGACAAAGGGCAUCGAGAGUAUAUUGACUACGCUGAACCUGUGUUAUACCAAUGACUCCCGAUACGACCGAGUGCAGUACGAAUGCAUCCGCUGCCUAUCCGCCAUCCUGAACAACACUGUGGGCAUCAGAACUGUGUUCGAGUGCAGAGAAGCAUUACCAGUUUUGGCAAGGAGUUUGGAUGCCAGGAAACCGCACUGUGCUUUGGAGGCGGCCAAGGUGUUAGCAGCCAUAUGCCUCAUUCCGAACGGUCACGAGAAGGUUCUAGAAGCUAUCACGAUGGCCGGGGAGUCCAAUAGGAAACCUCGGUUGCUUUGCAUCGUUGAGGGACUGGAUAGUAAAGCUCCUGAGAGCUUAAAGAACGGCUGUAUGCAGCUCAUAAACGCCAUAAUAACGGAACCUGAGGAGCUAGAGUUCAGAAUGCAUUUGCGGAGCGAAUUCAUGAGGACGGGACUGCAAGAUUUAAUAGACGAGUUGCGAGCGGGCGCGGAGGGAGCGAGACAGAUUCAAAUGACAGUGUUCGACCAGCACGCCGCCGCCGACCAGGAUGAGUUUUUGGCCAAGUUCGAUGACGUCAGAGUGGACUUCCACGACGCCAACGAAUGUUUUGAACUGGUGAAGAACUUAGUCAUGGAUACGCCGGCGGAACCUUAUCUACUCUCCAUAUUGCAACAUUUGCUGUUUAUACGAGACGACGAAUUAAUCAGGCCAGCGUACUACAAGCUAGUAGAAGAAUGCAUCACACAAAUAGUCCUACACAAAAACGGCUACGAUCCUGAUUUUAGAGCCACGCAGAGAUUCAAUAUCGACGUGCAACCGCUUAUAGAAGGUCUAAUAGAAAAAUCAAGAGCAGAAGAAGAAAGAAAAGUAGACGAGCUAAAACAAAAGCUAGAGGCCGCCAUCGCAGCGAGACAGGAGGCCGAAGCGAGAGCAGAGCACCUAGAACAACGUCUAAAAGGCUCGCCCAACGGCCCUGGAGGCGUUACGCAGGGGAACAUAGCUGCUAUUGCUAAGGCGAUAGGGAGCCCCGGAGGCCCGGCGCCGCCGCCACCGCCGCCGAUGCCGGGAGGAGGGCCUCCGCCACCACCACCACCACCUAUGCCUUCAGGGCCGGGUAGUGGAGGGCCGCCGCCGCCUCCGCCUAUGCCUUCAGUGGGCGGCGGUCCGCCCCCGCCCCCUCCCCCGCCGAUGCCGGGCGGGCCGCCCCCGCCCCCCAUGCCGGGCAUGGGCGGGCCGCCCCCGCCCCCGCCCCCGCCCAUGAUGGGCGGCCCGCGCCCGCCGCCGCCGCCGUUCGGGGGACCUAUGGCGCCUAGAAUGCCUCAACCCGAUGUUUUGCCUCACGGUCUGAAACCGAAGAAAAAGUGGGAAGUAGAGGGACCACUAAAGCGAGCCAACUGGAAGACGAUCAUUCCUGCCAAAAUGUCCGAGAAAGCCUUCUGGGUCAAGGUACAAGAAGAAAAAAUGGCGUCACCGGACAUUCUCAGCGGAUUGGCUCUCAAAUUCUCCAGCAAACCUGUCGCUAAGAGGAACGAAGAUGCCGUCGAUAAAGUUCACACGCUAAAAAAAGUGAAAGACCUGAAAGUUCUAGACAGCAAAGCGGCACAAAACCUCUCUAUCCUAUUGGGCGGCUCUCUAAAACACAUGUCCUACGAACACAUACGAACGUGCGUGUUACGAUGCGACACAACAGUGCUGUCGGCUAAUGUGCUGGACUUACUUAUACAGUACCUACCACCCGCGGACCAGCUUAAAAAGCUCUCAGAGCUAAAAAACAAAGAAGACCUAACGGAAGCGGAGCAGUUUGCAGCAACAGUGGCUGAUGUCAAACGUCUAGUGCCUCGGUUAAGAAGUUUAGCAUUUAGGGAACACUACACGGAGAUGAUAUCUGAAGUCAAACCGGAUAUUGUCUCCGGCACAGCGGCGUGUGAAGAAGUGAAAUCGAGCGGCAAAUUUGCGAAAAUAUUAGAAUUGUUGCUGUUGUUAGGAAACUACAUGAAUACUGGCUCUAACAACGCUGGCGCUUAUGGGUUCGAAAUCAGCUUCUUGACUAAGUUAACAGCGACAAAAGACUUGGAGAAUAAGCAAACUUUACUUCACUACUUGGUAGACACGAUCGAAAGGAAGUUCCCCGACGCGCUCAACUUCGCCGAAGAAAUGCCACACAUAGACAGGGCGGCUCGCGUGUCCAUGGAGAACGUGCAGAAGGCGCUGAAGAAGAUGGACAACGACAACCGCGCGCUGGAGACCGACCUCAACAACUCCAGGGUGCCCCAGGAGCCCGACGAUAGGUUCCAUGAGACCAUGAGCUCAUUCGCGAAAGAAGCCAGAGAGCAAUGCGAUCUGCUCCACUCAAUGUUCCGAAAAAUGGACGCGUUAUACACAGAAUUAGCAGAAUACUACGUGUUCGAUCCCCACAAAUAUACGCUCGAAGAAUUCUUCUCCGAUAUCAAGACUUUUAAGGACUCUUUUGCGGCGGCGUACCAAGAGAACAUAGUGGCGAGAGAGACGGAAGAGCGAGCGAGACGGGCAAGGGAAGCUCGCGCCACGGCAGAAAGAGAGAGGAGAGAUCGACAACACAGAUACAAGCAGCUGGUCGACAUGGAUCAAGCGCAGGACGGUGUUAUGGACAGUUUAAUGGAGGCGUUACAAAGCGGGUCGGCGUUUAGCAGAGAACGGCCGAGGAAAAAGGCGAAUCCGCGGGUCGCAGGAGCUGAACGGCGCGCGCAGCUGAGCCGCUCGCGGUCACGGUCCGGCCUCACUGGACCACUCACCACGCGGGAACUGACUAACGAGUUGCUUAGCAACGCGUGAUAGCUCAUAUCAAGUGAUACUAGUACUUAGUAUGUAGCAUAUACCCCAGUCAACAAGGAUUCAUGGAACCCCGCUUAAAUAUUGUACCUAAAUGUAAUUUCGAGUUUUUUAUACUUUGUAUUUUUAGCACUAUCGACUCUAAUUUACAAGAAAAUCACUGGAAAUUUUUGUGUAAUAUGCCAUUAUAUUGCGCACAGAUAAAUUAAAUAGCAUACAAAAGUAUAAAGACUGGAAAAACAUGGCACUUGUUUGUGUUAGAAUUGAUAUUGCAAGCAAGACUUGGGUUUCAAACCCAAGUAAUUGUAAAAAAACCGUACAGUUAUUGUAGAAACGCCGCAAUACUAAUUCCGUCCCGGAUUUAUGAAAAUAAUACUCUUGUAAUGCAUUUUAUAGUCGGGUGGAAUACCACGACCGUCAAAAGCCUUGUUGAUUGGACUAUAAGUAAGUCCGUCUCACAUAGAAGUGUCUACUUAUGUAUCUCCAUUAAUUUUUAUAUGUAAAUUUUUAAUAUUUUAAUAUAGAAUUGAAUUUUGUAAAAAUUGUAAUUCGUGUUUCGUCGAUUUUGUAUUAUGAUUUCGAAAUCAUUUGUUUUUUAUAAAGAAAAAAAAAUGUUUGAUAUAAUACAAGAUUAUACUAAUGGCGGUCUUAAAGAUAUAAGGCAAUCUCUACCAGUCAACCUUUAGGUCAAAUAUAAACUUAGUUCGUAUAGGACCCUAACCUCAUGGGGUUCAAUGUUCUAAUACUAGUUACAAAUUCCCUCCAAUGAAAUUUGAAUCUUAAUAAGAUGGAACAGAGUUGCUUUUGUUUUAAUUCGUUCUAUUUUAAAACAAAAUAAACUCAAUAGGGUAUUACCAGGCGUGUCUCUAUCCGCGAUCUCGUCGCGUCGCUACAAGUACAUGCGGCCCACACCAAUUUUGGUGUCUAGCCAUAGUGGUUGCCGCGCACCGCUACGGAACGGACGCCUGCUCGCGCUUGCGCCACCUAGCGGUCAUAUCUGUCGUAAUAGACGCGUUUAGAGAGUUAAUCUUCUGUACCUAGUAAUAUUAUUUAUUCUGUGAUAUUACACUGUAUUUAAAAUAAAUUAUUUCACAACAUGCAUGAAAUAAAGCACCAUAUAAUUAUUACAAUAACAUAGAUAGCAGUUAUGUUUAAACCAUAGAGUAACUUAUACUAGAGCGGUAAUGUCAUAGUAAAUUUUGUAACCCCAGUAAAUUCACUGCCAUCUGUCGACACACUUUAAAACUAAAAAUGAAGAUUUCUAAAAAUACGAUAAAAUGUAUUUAAAUAUGGAUAAAUGAUUUUUUUUAUUUGCAUUAAUUAUUUUUAUGAUUUUGACCCAUUUUCUUUCACUGAUAUGCGUAAAAAUUGUUAAAUAACAAACGAAACCGUCAACGCCAUCUAUACGACAGUAGGCCAAAGCUAGUAGCGCCUUCUGAUUGAGUCAAAUUUUCUUGAUUUUCGAGGCACGUUUUUUCCUUAGACUGUAUCCAUCUAUUACGUAGUUGUAUCUAUCUUUGGUUUAAACACAAUUUCUGUUUAAUCAAUCGGAUUGAAGUAUAAUAAAAAUGUGAGUUGACCGUGACGUCAUUGUAUAAUGUUUCAUAUCAAUGAGGGCUAACGCGUAUGAAUUCGCCGCUAGGGGCGCUAGUGUAGAUGGUGGUCUUUUCCAUAGUUCGAAAUGUCAAAUGUCACUUGUCACUUCAAUGACUGACAGCUUUUCUUUAGUCUAUGGAUGGUAUAGAAAGGAUCGCAAUCUCUUAUGGCAGAAUUGUUGUAAAAGUGACCGCGUUAAGCUUUAAAUAAUAGUUCCUAAUCUCUCCGGUGGCGCUAGUUAGGCUCUGGGACAUGAGUAUAACAUGAACCAUAUAAGGCAACAAAUAACCCGACCAAAUUACGUAGGUUGUUUUUGGUAGUAUUUCGGUGUAUGGUGGCGCCGCCUAAUUACUGUUUUUUGAUGGACACUUUUCAUACAUAGAGAUUUGGCUCCUUUACACAGUCUCCAUGCUUUAGUCUUUUGGACCACCAUCAACAGAGGCGCCAACUGGUGAGCAAAAAAACGAUAGUCCUCAUUCCAUAGUAGCAAAUCGUUUUGACAGUUCUAAAAAUAAAACUGAUUUGACUGGUAGGAGAAAACCCUAUCCUAUUCUAUAAUACCAUUGAUUAAAAUUAUCCUUGUACGGUGGCUUGAGAUUAAAAAUCGAAUAAUUUCGAAGUCAAAAAGCGUUUUUCAAACUCAAUGGGCACGCUGACAGGUGUCAUUUCAAUACAAUUUGGCGAGAUUUCGCCGUUGUAGGUUGUAAAUUGUAUGGAGAUGACAUCUGUCACCCUACCCUAUCCUGAAAAAUACUAUAAUCAUUAAGGGCCUGUUUCACAAUCUCCAAGUAAAGUAUUGGAUAGCUAAUUAACAAAUAAAUUAACUGCCAGAUAAAAUUUCCUACGAAAAAAGCACUUUAUCCAGCAGAUAAAGCUUAUUUGGAGAUUGUGAAACGCCAACGAUGACUUUAUUCGUCAGAUAAGUGGCAAGUAGCUUAUUCAGGACUUUACUUGGACAUUGUGAAACAGGCCCUUAGUUGAAUUAACUCCUUCAUAAGUGUCUCAAUCAUCUUUUACAGGACGACAGAAAUGCUUACAAUUUAAAAAGUGACUGGAAUAAAUGUGCCAUUUUCAACCAAAAGGGUACUUAUUGUCGCUUGUCAGUAAGGCGCUAUUUCCAUAUAGCUUCAAUUUGAAAUCAACCUUAUCGACGAGCGACAAUGUGGUACCUUUUGGUUGAGAACGGCACAAAUAUUGAUAGCAAUGGUAGUGCCUAUAUUAGGAGGCCUUUAUGUAGGACUAAGGCCAUAGGAUAGAAAGAGAGGUUUUAAGUGCUGUAAGAGAGAAAAAGAGAUAGAAUAGCUUGAGGUCUAGCCAAUUUGUAAACGUUUUAUAGACACCAAUUGAAUCUUUAAUAAUGUGCAAGUAUGACAAAAAUAAAAAACGCGACUAAAAUCUUACGUUCUGUACAUUCAAGCCGGCCGCUAGCGGCCGCUAUGAAGCUCAUGACUGUUCACGAUUUUACAUUUGUAGUCUGCCUCUUUCGCACUCAUGUAAUUCAUGUACCUCAUGGCUUCCCUUUUGCACACUACAAUUAUCUUCAAGCGUAAAUCGUAGCGUUGUAUAGUUGCCAUCGGAUAUAUAUCGGAGGUGCUCACAAAUAUCUGAACACACCUCUAUUUUCAAGGCGCUAGAGUGCGUGUUCAGAUACUUUUGAGCACCUUGGCCGCUCCGAUAUCGGAGCGGCCAAGCAUUAUAUAUAUCAAAUAUAUAUUUGAUAGCUACUUAGUGUGCUUUUUAGUGUUCCGUGCCCAAAGGGUAAAAUCGGGACCCUAUUACUGAGAUUCCACUGUCCGUCUGUCACCAGGCUGUAUCUCAUUAACCGUGAUAGCUCUUUAGAUAGUUGAAAUUUUCACAGAUGAUGUAUGAUGUAUUUCUGUUGCCGUUAUAACAACAAAUACUAAAAACAGAAUAAAAUAAACAUUUGAGUGGGGUAUACAACAAACGUGAUUUUUUUGCCGUUUUUAGCGUAAUGGUACGGAACCCUUCGCGUGCGGGUCCGACUUGCACUUGGCCGGUUUUUACUAUUCGAUUGCCAUUCAGCAUCAUGGCUAAUGCAUUUUACAAAAAUACGAAUUUAGAAAUUGACUACUGGUAAAUGGAAUAAAAAUGACAUAAUUUUGGUAGUGCAAGUGUGAAAAGAUUCUAAAGAGGCCUAAGGAGGCCUAAAGUGUAAGGCAGAGAAGGAAAACUAGAGUUAGACUAAGAUAAGUCUGCAACGAUUUUGAUAUCACACGUAGUGCAAGUGUUCGAGCCUGUAUAUGGAGUAUGUUUACUUUGUUGUUCAAAUUACUUCAAAGAUGUCGCUGUACCCGACGCAAACUAGAUAACAGUAGUAUUACUUAGAAUCUAUAUAAGACGAUGUCAUAUUUCGGAAUUAAUUUUCAUUGUUAAUGUCAAAGAGUAUAAUAAUAUAUGUAUGUUAAUGUAGCAAUUAAUUAGCAUAGUAGCAAGUGUAAUUGGUGUAAACCGUUCUUGUGAAUAUAAAUAGAAGUAGUCUUGCGCAAAAUGUGUCACUAAAAAGAAAAGAUAUUGAUAUGCAUCUUUCAUACGCUGUGAAGUACUUCACUCUUUAAGUUCACUAGUUCAGUUUAGUUCAGUAGCUCAAAAGAUUCAUCUAUAUCAACAGUACUUGUUUUCUAUCUCUCAUUCGCGGAUAUAUUGAGUUGAAUGAAGGAUUCGAUUGAUAAUUUCAUUCAAUAUGAAUCACUCAAAUAAAUGAGUUUAUGAAUCGAAGGUAUGGCGUCCUUGUCACUCUAAGCGAAUGAGCAAGUAAAUGAAAAGAUAAUUAAACUGAACUGCUGAAGUGAAGAUCUAAAUAAAUCCGAACUGAACUAGUGAAUGAAAGAGUGACAUCAAGUGAAGUACUUCAUUUGAAUCUUUGAUUCGCGAACUACUCGUGUCAAAAUAGAAGUUUGACGUUUAAAUAAAAGUUAAAUUGCACCGCGUGUGCUAUCAAAAUCGUUGCAGAAUUAUCUUGGUCUAACUAUCGACAUAAGGGUAAGUGGGACAAAGAAACAAAAAGUGAUCAUACUUCUUAUGAAUUUGGCACUAGAAUUUCAAUAAUUUAGAUAGUAGUGUUAAAUACUUUGGUAAAUAUAAUAAAAAAUAAAAACAUAGCUUUGUGAUAUAUGCCAUGAGUAAAAAUAUAUUGUAGUUAAUAGAUAACUCGAUUCACACUUUAUCGUCUAACGUUACUUUUUUAUAUUAAAUAAAAUUAGGGUCUAUCAACAUCAGCUGUUACAAUCUUUAAGCCAUUCACACAUUGACACCGCGAGCUGCCCCGAAAAUACGCGCGGUAAUACACACAACCCCCUUAUUGAUAAAACUUACAAGCCUACUUAUGUUCUUACAAAUACGUAACCCAACAUGACAGAAUAUUGUCUUCGGUUACCGCGAUAGUUACUCAUGAAAUAAAACUAUGUAUACGGAUUAUAUCGCGUAUAUUGAAUUUAUAAUACAUCGCGACGUUUCGAACCCUAUACACCCCGUCACCCGUUGACCACGAACGCUGUAAAGGGUUCGAAACGUCGGGAUGUAUUAUAAAUUCAAUAUACGCGAUAUAAUCCGUUUACAUAGUUUUAUUUCAACAUGACAGAUUAUUAAUUAACUCCAUGAGAAAGUAAGGAGGCGCGGCGUAGUUUUUGUCGCUGUGCUGAUUGGCUCCUCUACACCAUGGGCCAUCAUACUGACACACUAAGCUGGGCCAGUGUGUAGAGAGGGUAGUGGUGUCGGAUGGCUUAUGGCGCGGCGGGAUGGCGAUGGGGUGGCCACGGUGUCGGUUUUUCGUCCGCACAUCAAAGGUAGUGGGCCAGCGAUAAUGUGUGGCCCAUUCCAUAGUGCGUGCUCUCAACCAUCGCGUGGCCAUCUUCCUGGUCCAGCGCUGGCCCAUCGUGUAGAGGAGCCAUUCCUGAUCGUGGUGUCAGCUUGUGAAACGCCUUAGAUAUAUCCUAAAAAUAUAAUUUAUUAGUACCUACAUAUUUGACACAUAAAUCUAACAUACAGUAUGUUUGUCUUGUGAUACAAAACAAAAAAAUGGGCGUUUAAAAGUAGAUUUAAUAAGACAAAUGUGUUAUAAGGGUUUUCAAAAAAAUUAUACUAUUUACUUUUUUUCGAAAAACCAUCAACUUUUGGGUUAUUUAGACUCAGAAUCGACGAGUACUAUUGAAUGAGACAAAGAAAGUGUCCCCAGUUUUUCAUACUAAUUUUGGGUGUCAGUUUUGUAACGGUCCAUAUAAAAUGUAUGUGAUAAUGCGUUACAAAACUGACAUUUUUUUGGGGGACAUUUUUUUUUCUUUUUGAUCGAUAGUCCUCGUGAUUCUAAAUAGAAUUAACCCAAAGGUUGAUGGAUUUUAGAAAAAAAAAUGGUACACUUUUAAUUUAAAAUUCCCAUAAGAAACUUCCAAUACUUUACUUUUUUUACGCUUGUAUAUUGCUGUCCAUUUGUCAUGUUUUGACUUAAAUUGGUCCAAUGAUAUUAUGUUUUUAUUUAUUGAUAAACUUGGUUGGUUGGUUGGUAGGGUAAACUUGCAUUAUUUGGUGACACGCCUAAUUCGGUGAUACAAGUUUUGAAGCAUGACACCCAGGAAAGCUAGUGAAUUAGGGCCUUUUUUUUAUUUUAUUGAUAAUGGGAAACAAACAGCGAAAGAUGACACAUAGAUAAUUACACUUAAAUACAUACAUAAGCCAAAACAGUUUCCACUACUGAAAUUAGAUAAUUAUGGUUGCUCAGACAAGACUUGUUUGUACAAUUCAAUUAAACUAUCUCUAGAUCUAGUGCUAAAGAACUAAACAAUGCGAAUUUGAAACCACAAACGUGACAUGCAUUAAUUUAACUUAAUUUUACAAUAGUAAACUAUCAAAAUCAAUUAUAUUAUUUGCCCUAAUAGUAGCAGAGUUAUAUUAUAUUAUUUGUUCAUUUGCUCUUAAUUACAGAAACAAAUUUUUGUACUGACGGAAUGAAAAACAAGUCAACAUGAGAAUAUUGACUUUUAAAUGGGACCUCACGACUUCACGGCUUCAGCGGCUUUGCCGUGAGGCCCAUUUAAAAGGCCCUAAUUCACUAGCCUUCCUGGGUGUCAUGCUUCAAAACUUGUAUCAACGAAUUAGGCGUGUCACCAAAUAAUGCGAGUUUACCCUAUACCGACUAACCAUCUAAAGGAGCCUACUGACUAUCAGUCCGCCGGACGAUAUCGGCCUGUCAGUUGUUCGGAACUGUCCAAUUUUUGUUCUAACUGACAGACCGAUAUUUUCUCUAAUUAUCGCCGGUUCGAGCGCCAUCUUGAUAGUUAGCAUCGUGAUUAAUUACUUUGUUUUUUGCUCAUUAAUAUUGUUUAAAGUGUAAUAUCGAUAGCUUAUUAUACAGUAAACUAAUGUGGUAGUGUGCAGUAAAUGGAGAAUUAAUUUUGAAGCGCGUUUAACCACCAUCUUAGAGUCAACGGCCGGUAGUCCACGUGCUUCUUGUAAAGUCUAGCUAUCGAUUUACAAGAGCUAACAAAUCACCGUACACUGUCUUGUACAACCGUACAAUUUUUGUCGUUUUUAAACCUCUUAAUACCUUGAUACUGGCGAAAUAGUCCCACUGGGCUGAAGCCAUAAUUUUAAAAGAAGAAGACCGAUAUCGUCCGGCGGACUGAUAGUCAGUGGGCCCCUUAACACGCGGCAUCAGAAGGUGGCGAAUUUAUGACCUUUUCGUCUUACUGCCAUAACGCACAACGUAAAUUAAUAAAUUAAUCUAGGAAGACCUCAGCAGCUCUAGCACAACUGACCGCGUCACUAUAGUUGGUCAAACCAAAUUGUCAGUAAAAAAAACAAAAAAAUAUAUACUCAUCCUUUUCUUUUAGGUGCUAGUACAGUUAAGACAAAGAUAGUAUGAUUCUCUCUAUGUUUGAAAUGAGACAGUCCUUUGACAAACUAUAUUUCUGUCUAAUUAGUUCCGUGCGAAAGAGCCAUGUGGCUGUCUUGCGACUUGGCGGAGAUUUGUGCUAGCGCUGUAGGUAAGGGACGGUGAGUUGUUUUUUUAUAAAUACAAUAGUUUUCAUGUGUAUGUAUAUUUUACCGUUAUUAUUUAAGAAUAUGCUAGAACUGUAUCGAAAAUCUAUUCACACCGAUGGUUUUAGUGUACAUUUUUUUAUUAUUUUAAAUAUUUCAACUUAUAAAGUACGAUUCCCACCGAACGGGCGCAUUCGGUCGGCUCCUCGCGGACGCGACCGGCUCCGGACGGACGCCAUCGCUUCUGCCAUACAUAAUGUAUAGGCACAUUGAAAAUGCUCUCCGGUCCCACCCCAGCCGUUCGGUGGGAAUCGUACAUUAAAAAGUUAAAUCACGGGUUCACCCGUGCUAUAAUUUUUUUGAGAUUAUUUGAAGUCAGAUCAUUCUUACGAUACUGUAAUUUUGUGUAUUUACUUUGUAUAUAAUGAAUAUUUUAAGCGACGUAAAAUGUGUUUUAAUAUUUGUUUUUAUAAGAUAAACUGUGAAGUUAACUAAUAGAAUCCUGUCGUAUAUAAACAAUCCUUUUUCAUUUUUCAUUUUAGUAGCAGGCAGACGUUACCCCAUUUUUUUCAGAUUAAAAAUUUUGUAACCUAGAAAGUAGUGGUAACUUUUUUUUCCAAAAUUAAAUCUGAGUAACUAUGCACUUAAUUUUAGUGUCGUUUAAUUAUUAAUUGAAUAAUUAAUUAUUAUUAUUGUAGAUUACUAGAUAUCAUAUCAUUACUAGAUAUCAUAGGAACCCUAGCAUUUGGGAAGAAAAAGUUAAUUCACAGUACUUUUGAGGUUAGAAAAAUUCUAAUCUUAAAGAAAACGGGGUAUAGGGCAUAGAUUAUAACAAAGGGUUUACGAGUUUUUUUUUUUUGAUAUUUUACUGUUUAUUUUGAAAAAGAUUAUAAAAUACUUGAAUACAGUUCUUGGAAAGCUUACCCUCAUAAAACAUUACAAACCUCAAUUAAUUAAUUUAUAUUUUAUCCCUUUCUUACAAAUACAUAAUGCAAAAUGACAGACUAAGACAAAUGAUUAAUGGCUAAUUUAGGCUCGUAGCGCGUUUCUGAAUAACACCAUUAGGAGACAAAACUGCAUCCGCCCGUCUUUUGUAGUUUUUGCAAGUCAGUCCACACGUGUGUAUUAAAAUUAAUUAAAAAAACAUUAAUUAUUUUAUAUACAUUGACAUAUUAUGAAAUAUUUGAUAAUACAUUAAUACUUCAUUCAAAUAAAUAUGCUUUUAAAUGUUACAAUUCAAUUCCUAAAUAAAUUGUUUUCAUUUCGUCAGAAAGAGAACGUUUAAUCUCAUUUUAAUGUAAUUUCAAUGUGUUUUUUAUUAUCAUUGUUAUGCUCGCUCCACACUUAUGCCUUCCAACGAGCGACUUAUGUUAAUAUUAUACAAACUCUAUGGAAGCAGUGCAAAAAUUACCUAUUCCUCAUCAUAACACUUUUGGUUGCAACCUAAAGGAGCCCGGACUUUAUAUCCUUUCUGGAACCGAAUCCCGAAUCCUUAGAAUAAGAGGUAAGUCCUCGAGAAAUCGCGCGUUUUAUGCGGUUAGUGUGGAGCGAACUUUAUGAUGUAGCGUCGGUUAAUGGAUGAUAUGCAUAAUUAUAUUGAACCGUAAUGUAAAUAUAUUUUUGUAAAUGUUACAAUUUUUAAUUAAUUAUAUGUUUUUUGAACUU